CUGGUUCAAAGCUCUUUCUGUUGGACUGCCACCACUUGCCUUCUUCGUCAUCGUCCUCAGCGUCGACGACGCUCCCUCCAACAAUGGCGCCAUCGUCAAGCCUCAAAAUUCCUACGAUGGACGCUGCUGCAGGUCCUUCACGCCAGCAAUACCCCGCCGGUAGCUCCCGUCCUGUGUCGGUAAAUGUUCAAUCUUCAGCUUCGGCAGCGGCACCUUCGUCAGCGGCCAGAAAACAGCGAGCGUCACACUCUGUCGUCUCCUCUUCUGCACAGAACCACCAGUCAUCGUCGUCGAGCAGCCACCAUCUCAAUGGCGGUCAUGCUCAGGACGACGGCCAACCUCCUUACACGGAUGUUUAUUCUCAUCCGGCAGCAGUGGCAUAUGCAGCAGCACAUCCACGGCGGACGAUUCCAAAGUUUGGCCCGUACCUGCUCUUGCAGACUCUUGGCGAGGGCGAAUUCGGUAAAGUCAAACUUGGCCUUCACAGCCAGUGGGGAGAGGAAGUAGCUGUAAAGCUCAUUAGACGCGGAAAUGUUGACACCACUGUUCGCAUGUCCAAGGUAGAACGUGAAAUAGAGGUUCUAAGGACCCUCAAGCACCCCAACAUCGUGCGCCUGUACGAUGUUAUCGAAACUGACAAAUACAUCGGUAUCAUUAUUGAAUAUGCUUCCGGGGGUGAACUCUUCGACCACAUCCUUGCCCACCGCUACCUGCGUGAAAGAGACGCCGCCAAACUCUUUUCCCAACUCAUAUCCGGCGUCUGGUACAUCCAUCAGAAAAAAAUCGUUCAUAGAGAUCUCAAACUCGAGAAUCUUCUACUCGACAGGCAUCGCAAUGUGAUCAUCACCGACUUUGGUUUUGCAAACCGCUUUGAGCAUCGCUCAGAUGAUCUCAUGCAGACGUCCUGCGGGUCCCCUUGCUAUGCCGCUCCUGAACUGGUCAUUAGUGAGGGGCUCUAUGUCGGUAGCGCCGUAGACAUCUGGAGCUGUGGCGUUAUUCUCUAUGCAAUGCUUGCUGGUUAUCUCCCUUUCGACGAUGACCCCGCGAAUCCCGAUGGCGACAAUAUCAAUCUUUUGUAUAAAUAUAUCGUUAACACUCCCUUAUCUUUUCCCGAUUAUGUCUCCCAGGAAGCUCGCGGCCUUCUCUCCCUCAUGCUAGUGCCAGAUCCCGCUUACCGCGCUAGUCUCGAUCAAGUUAUGGCUCACCCGUGGCUCGCUGUAUACAACAGUACACCGACCGAUCCGACUCUACCUGUUCCCCGUGCGUUUGGCCGAACCGUAGAAGAAUUGGAGCGCGCGGCGAUGGAGCAACAUCACCAAAAACGACUGGCUUACCAACGGCAGAUGAAAGCCGCUGCAGUCGCCUCCGGAUCGGGCUCACCUGAUAGGAUAGGCAGAAGUCACAGUCAUCGUCCCACAGGCUAUGAAACCGGAAGCACCUCCGCGUCAGCGAGCAAACCCUCCCGGAGUCACUCGAUCCAGCCUGGUCUCGUCUAUGAGACGUCUGUGGAUCAGGGUGCUGGAUACUCGGGCCCGUCAUCACCACCGACGUCGGCGCCUGUCCCAGGAAGCGGCGGACGUUAUGAGGGCAUGGAUAGUGAAGAUCCGUUUGCUGCCCCCAGCGGCGUGGUUUCACCCGAAGUUACCAGCAAGCCCGGCGGAAGAAAAGGCGCCGCGAGGCCUCACACUGUUCAAGUUGAGUAUGACGGCCCCCGAGAUCGGUCCUCAAGGAAGGAGAAGGGCAAAGAGCCUCAAGACGAUGGUCCUCGGGAACGUGACAGGGAGAGGAAGCAGAGAGAGCGUUCGACUUCCCGUGGCCAUACUCAAAUGCAGCCUUCCUCGUUCAACGGUCAGACUUCAGAGAAACGGCGACCUUCUCAGAGUAGCGGAGCGAAGCCCUUGCCUCCAUCACCUCCUGCUCCCGCGCCUGUUACUCCUCGUCGUGAACGUACAGGUAGCAAGGCCGUGCCAGUACAGAACAGUGAGCCGGAACGUCCUAAUAUCACUGUGGCCAGUCCUCCUGAUACACCUCUUGCCUUUGCUUCUCCGGAAGGUGGUGCUGAUGAUCAAGAUGAAGAAUCUUCUUCAAGAGGAAGCGGCAAGCGCAGGCGCGGUGUGUCGACAGUCGGUGGUUUAGCAAAGAUAUUCAGCAACGACCACACUGUCAAUGGAGUAUCUGCCUCCAAUGCCUCCAAUACCUCCGGCUCGUUACUCACUCCCGCCCCCAGCGAAAAGGAAAAGGACAAUGUUUCUCACGUCGCCGCGACGGAUAAGAAGAGCCGGAGGAGCUCUCUCACUGUCAUCAUUAACCGGACGAUAAAGAGCCGCAAAGGCAAAAUAGCAGCGACGCCAGUCUCUGCUGUGGACGAUGCUCAGAACGAGAAGAGUGCUGUAUCAACUCCUCAGGUUUCUGCUGCCAAUGUUCCCGUGCCUGCUACUCAGGAGUUCAGCGAGGUGACGUCUAGACCAACUAACGAUGUGUACGACGCGCCUGGUCCUGAUAGAGACUCUGGUAUGCCGGCCUCGACGAGUAAGGCUAGGAAGGUCAUGCACUGGUUCAGGAGCAAGAGUAAAGGGCGCGACCCAGUGGAGGAGGAGGAAGAAGAAAAGCCAGUAGCGCCGGAUAAUGUUCGAAAGAAUGAGUCAAGAAACAGGUCGUCGAAUGCAGUCAACCAGACGCUAUCAUCCCCCCGCGCGGCGUCGGUUCAAGUGACGCUUACUGCCCCUUCGAGGACUCCUUCCGGUCAUCAGGCGCCGAUACAUUCCCAACGAACGCCUUCUUCAGCGACAGAUGCGUCCUUGACGACGCCGAGCCUAGUGACCCGCAUCAGGAACUCUGUGACUGUUGGCGGUGGCGGCGGAGGAAGUGGUUCACAUUCGAAGAAUGUUGCAGGUGCCCUUCGUAUUCAUCAUGGCGCAGUCGAUCAGGAUAUGGUGACGACGCAACCUCCACCUGAGGUGAUAAAACAUAUGAAGGAGGUUUUGAUAGGGAUGGGGAUAGAAGUUCAGGUGGAGAGCGAGUAUAAGUAUCGCUGUAUCAGGGCGAAACGAAAAAAGGUUCCAGGGGUGCCGGGUGUGAUUGCCAACGUUGGUGCCAGUCCUAGCGGUGGCGGGUUAGCUGCUGUUUCAGUGAUGGGCAGCGCGGCGUCGAAUGGAGUUGAUAGGCGCGGUUUACCUGUACCCUCACAUGCAUCAUUCUCCGGAGGAAUGUUACGUGGCCUCUUGAUGCGUCGACAGUCAUCACAUGUUUCUCAAUCUGGAAAUAUGUCGGUCUCCUUUGAAGAAGAGCCAAGCGUGAUGGUUCUAGAGCCUGGUGCGAUACUGGACCCGGUGUAUGGUGAUCCUACUGAGGAUGUUGGAGACGAAGUUCGGUUCUCGGUGGAACUCACUAGGAUGGAUCGCCUCAAUGACACGUACAGUCUCGACAUUCGACGUCUGAAGGGCAACUUGCGAAGCUACAAGUUUCUGUAUGAUACUAUUAGACAACGCGCGGAUUUGCAGCGGUAGACUCUUUUCAACAGUACAUUCCUUUUUUUAUCACUCAAAAAACCUCCAUGCUGUACUACCUCGUCAGUCUCUCCUUUAGUUUCCGAUUCUCUCCUGUGUUCUCGAUUAUACUUACAGUCAUACCCUAAUACAUCUCUAUGUUUCAUCUCAUUCUGGGCUUCCUCUCGUUUCUACAAUGUCAAAUGACAUUUGUGCCAUAAUAGUUUCUCCUCAAUUCUGCUUUCACUUGUGUUAUCCUUGUUUAAACAUCCAUAUUUUUCAUUGUUGGUAUCAGUACACAUACGAUAUUUAUUCAUUCAGUUGUCCCUCACUAUCAAGUGCCGAGUUUUCAAUCACUUAUCUGACUCGUCAUGUCAGACGUCAGAGAUAGAUGCCAUGUACUCCCGAUACAAUAUAUUGGUUGCAUGAGGAACCAACUACCGCGGUUAGCGAUGAAUUAUACAUAACAUCAUCGUAUUCAC